AUGGAGAGUUGGUCAUCUUCCACGCAUAAUAUCCCAGGCCGCACCACGGCCGUGUUGGCUGCUGUGGGUGCUGUCCUCAUCGUGGGCAUCUAUCGUCUCCUGCAGAUUGGAAAACGCGAUCCGCGUAUGCCCAAAGGCCCUCCGACACUUCCCAUUCUCGGCAAUUUCCAUCAAAUCCCCUCCAGUGGGCUAUAUGCCAAAUUCCGGGAUUGGGCCAAAGAAUAUGGACCCGUCUUUUCGCUCAAGUUCGGUCCGACCAACAUCAUCGUGCUCUGUGACCGGAAAGCGAUCCACGCGCUGCUGGACAAGAAAGGCGCCAUCUAUUCGGAUCGUCCGCCCAGCUAUGUCGGUAAAUUGCUGACGCAGGGCGACCACAUCGCCCUGGAACAGAUGGACCCCGUCUGGCGGGAGAAGCGCAAAGUGAUCUCGCACAAUUUCUCACCCAAGAAUCUUGACGAGAAGCACUUUCUCGUCCAGGAAGCGGAGGCGACCGUGUUGAUGAACGAUUUACUGGAUAAUCCGGACGGAUUCUUCAACCACGUGCGAAGAUAUACCGCUUCGGUUGCUUCUGCACUCGCGUUUGGACAUCGUGGUCCUACGUUCGAUUCAUUUUGGGGACACGCCGUCUAUGACGUGAUGGACCGAUGGACUGAAGCAAUGGAAGCCGGGGCCAAUCCCCCGGUGGAUGAGUAUCCGAUCCUGAAGCUGAUCCCCAAGCGAUUUGCCUAUUGGAAACGACGGGCUCUCGCAGCGGGCGUGGUGUUCGACACGAUCUGGGGAAAGGCCCGGCAGAUUGUGGAGGAGCGUCGCGCUAAGGGGGAUAAGCGUGAAUGUAUCAUCGACCGGCUGCUCGACGAAUACAACAAAAAGGGGUGGCCGAUGUCCCAGCACGCGUUCAACAACCUGGUCGGCGAGGUUGUCGAGGGCGCAGCAGAUACGACGGCCGCCCAGAUUCUGACAUUGAUCCUGGCCUUUGCAAAGAAUCCUCAUGUUCAGGAGAGAGCAAGACAGGAAAUCGAUGCCGUCUGCCCACCCGACAAGCCGCCCAAGUGGUCCGACUUUAAAGAUCUGCCGUAUAUCAACCAGAUCGUGAAAGAAGGGAUGAGAUGGAGGCCCAUUCUAACUGAACUUCCAGAUGACUGGUACGACGGAAUGCUGAUUCCCAAGGACUCAACCGUCUUUGUGGCCACCUGGGCCAUUCAUCACUCGGAAGACCUGUUCCCCGACCAUGACACCUUCAACCCGGACCGAUACAAGAAUCACCCGAAGCUUGCGAAUGACUAUGCGGGAAGCCCGGACUGGAGCAACCGAGAUAAGUCCCCUGAUUAUUCAUUCCCUUGGUUCUUUCUUUCCCCAACCCACCUGGAAAUAUCGGACCUUACCUAG